UUGUCUAUUCCUUUUCCUUUUCGUGCGGCCGUGUCACCGCGUGGUUCACUGCCGCGUUUCUCAAAGAAACACUCAAAAUGGCUAUCAGACCAGUUUACAGGCCUACAAUCGUCAAAAAGAGGACGAAAAGGUUUAUCCGCCAUCAAUCGGAUCGCUAUGACAAACUUAAGCGUAACUGGCGUAAACCCAGAGGUAUCGACAACAGAGUGCGCAGGCGUUUCAAGGGACAGUACUUGAUGCCCAACAUUGGUUACGGUUCAAACAAGAAGACCCGUCACAUGCUCCCCAAUGGCUUCCGCAAGGUCCUCGUCCACAACGUCCGUGAGCUAGAAAUCCUGAUGAUGCAGAACAGGAAGUACUGCGCAGAGAUCGCUCACGGAGUGUCCUCGAAGAAGCGGAAGGUGAUCGUGGAGCGUGCCCAGCAACUCAGCAUCCGGGUCACCAACGCUGCUGCCCGUCUCCGCAGCCAGGAGAACGAAUAAACUUAAGUUUAAUAUAAAGUUACAAAAA